AUGGGAGAUUACUUUUUCACCGAAGGUGUGGAUCUGCUGGCUUUGUACAACCACCCGCCCGUCCGAGAAGGCCAGGUGAAGUACUACACGGUCAAGGUGCCUCUGCGGGUCCAGAACUACGACGAGGGUGUCAGAGGAGUGGAGGCGAACUGGUUGGAUCACAUGACCCAGCACUUCAACAACGGAGCCUCGCUGGUUGACGGAUACUUCCACCUGGGCAACGUGAACGGUAGAGCGCUCACUGUUGCUGUUAGUGAUGGAAGUCUGUCCACCAAACAGAUCGUUUUCCUGCAGAGACCUGUCCUGAACCGAAAGAGGAAGGAAUCCAAGAAACUGAUCUUCAAGCCCCGGAGCAAGUCCAACAAGAACUGCAUCAAAGAAACGGCAAAGAACAAGAAGAAAAAGACAUCUGAGAAAGAAUGUGACGAUUCCAAGAUCCUGAACGACAGAGGGACAAAGGACGACAAGACUGUGGCUGAGAGGGGGAACGGCGCGCAGGUGGAGGCAGCAAGAGAAGGGGCGAAAGAGAAGAAGAAAAGGUGCGAAGGAGAUAAAAAGAUUGAAGGUGGGAUUGAAAUCAGCAUCGAGACCGUCACAAAGAAAGAUGGAGCAGCCAAAAGUGAAGGCAUAAAGGCAGAAAACUGCAGCGAAGAAGAAGAAACGAUAACUCUGGAUGGAGGGGGAUCUAAAGAAAACGGAGAGCCAUCGGGGAACGAAGAAGUCAAGGAGGUCUCUGAAAGCGUCGUGACCGUUGAGGCUCCGAGCGAGACCAAAGAAAAGGAGACGGAGGAGGUUCAAAGUGCGGUGGAGAACGGGAUAGAGGCGGACAGAGAGAAAGAUGAAGGUGAAGAAGAUCAAACAGAAGAACUGGCCGAGGUGGAGGUUACUGCCAAGGAGACUGUGGCAGACCCCCAGGCCACAAAUCAAAGCCCAGUAGAAGGUCAGGAGUAGCACCCAGCAGCUCAAAGUCAAGGUCGUCCCCCACCCUACCUCUGACGUUCCCAGUUCACAGCG